AUGAAGCCCGCUCAGGAUGUUUGCGCCGCGAGCAAGGACAUGCUAGAUACCGUUGGCCGCAGCAUCGCAAAUCGCCGUACGAACGUUUCUAACCAAGUCUCUCCUGAGAUUAUGGGAGAUACCAUCGGUUCCGAGCCGGCUCCUCGGCACUUUUACUUGCAUCUGCCUCUGCCUGGAUGUCCUGAUACCUGA